AUGGCAUCUCUAUCACAGCCGUUUAGGCUUGCGGUUCUUCCCAAGAUUGCAUCGCUAAACAAUUAUUCUUCGCAGGCCAAUCUGCUACCGGUAGCGGACAAUUUGGUGCCGUCGACGAAUUACAUCACAGUAGGGAUAUCGGGAUCUGCAAUCUCGCAAUUUGUUGUUAACCCCACUCCUAAGAUGGUUUACAGUUUGCCCAUCUCAUCGAUCAGCACGGUAACCGCUUGUGACGUUGCAGAGUCUACGGCAGGAACCGAGGUAUGGUGCUAUGCUUUGCAAGCUAACAAGGUUUUCACUAUCCACUGCGUGGAAAAGCCCACGUCGUCGGCACCAGCCACAGAUUCGCAUUUUGGAGAAACGCAUACCAGUAAUAAAAUCACCGUGGCAGACCGUGUAAUGAGCGUCAAAGUUCUACAAUCCAUAAGAGCCGUUAUGGUGGUGCUUCGAAGUGGACUAGUGCACUUUUACGAUCUGUCACUGAGACUCCAGUAUUCGUACGACUCGUCCGACAAGAACGUGCAGUUCGUGCAGCAUUUCACCAACGAGAACAACGAAAAUUUCGUUUUCCUAUUGGGAGACCUGGAAGGUGAAAAAACGUCUUUCAAACUCUUGAAAGUGGGCUCCAAUUUGACAUCACCCGUCAAAGAGCUGAGCGCUAUCAUUCUUGAGAAUUUUGCUCUGAAGGAUUCCAAGGUCUUUUACGAGUUCGGUAACGUUUAUCGAUUGCGCGGUACAAGCAUAGACGUUUACAGCUUGCCCUAUUUCCAACACAUCCAUACAAUUUCGGUGCCAUUUUUGAAAGACGGGGCCGAGACAUCUUUCAAACCAAUUUCGAAAAAUAGAGCUCUGCUAACAUCGGAUAACCGUAUUUUUUUGCUCGAUUUGCUGCACAAUGCCAUUUUGAGCCACAGAGAACUGGCACACUUGAAGACUUUCCAACUUCUUGGCACGGCAGUGAUUCCGGGAGAUUCUGAUGUCAACAACGAAACCAUAGCUAUCGGAGUGUCGAUCAAGCAAGGUGCAAACUCCACAAGCUCAUUGGACAUAAUCAAUAUUGAUGUGGGAACAGGUACUCUCAAGGACUCGCUAGGUAAGGGUUUCUCAAUACGUGCUUCUUCUGACAGGCAUGUACAGCCACUGAUAGAUGAUGUGGGUGGUGCCGAAACCCACGAAUACAAUUAUGAUCAGAUUUUAAAAGAUCUGCAAAAGGCCAAGAGCAGCGUCGAGAAGUUUGACGCUUCUUUUUUCAAAAAACUGAGGAUUCAGAAGGAAUAUUACACGGAUUCGGAUCGCUUCAUCAAUGACCAAGACUUUCUGCGCGAUGCAGUUUCUGUCAUUUACAAAAACUUCGACUCGGAGUACCCCAAAGCCUUACCAUACCUUCUGACGCAUCCACUUUUUCCAAAAUCGCAUACGCCUGGGAUUCUUCAAAAACUCAAGGACCAUCCACGACUGUUCAAACAAGCAAUCGUCACUUGCCCAAAUCUCCCGCUGGAUGAUCUUGUGCAGGAGCUUUUCACGGUGAUCAAUGACGAACUCUGUUUGGAUCUUUCGUUACGCAUUCUACAAGACUUCAACAAAGACGCAAUCAAAGAAUCGAUCAAGACCAAGAGUAAAGUCGACGUAAAUAACUUCAUCGACUUUGUGAUGGACGAAAAUACGGACGACGACAGAAUCAAAAACAAGUCUCGUUUGUUUCAGCUGCUGGGUCUAAUUCUGGACACUGUCGGUCUAUUUGCUCUCACAGAGAACACUCUUGGCAAGCUUUCAUCCUACAUCGACCGCCAAUUGAACGUAGUGAAGCAAAAUGUGGAACUGUUCUAUCUGUUGGAAGACAAGAACCUUAAGAUCAUCACAAAUCCUUACCAGGGAGAAGCAUACGACUCAACAGAGAACAGUCUUGCAGCAUACACUGUUGAGCAAUUGGAACUGUAA